AUGAUAAGAAUCGAAAUGUGCAUAAUUUAACGAGUGAUCCGUUGUUUCUCUGUAUUAUUGAAAAUUUUAGUGAUUGCUAAAAUCUUGUGGGAAAAAAAAUUAAAUAAUUUGAUGAUGGGUGUGUGUUAUACAUGUAUAGGUUGGGCCGGAGGUGGGUGAAUAUUUAAAAUUAUCAUGUCUAGAUCUUUAAGCAGAAAUACUUGUCGGUGAUUUAUCAUAGACAAUAGUUAUUCCUUUGUUUUUCUGCAUUAUAAGUACCAAUGGAGGGUUCAACCAUUGGAAAUAAAAGUGAUGUGAUUCGAUGAUAAGGUUUAUAUGUCAUUGACUGUAUUACUAUUGGUUUAUGUGGCGUAAUUGGAACAGAAUCAAUUUAUUGGCCAGCCUGCCGUUCACGUUCGAGAAUCCACUUGUUAUAGCUCACCCGUUGAAAUUUGCUCUAUGUAGGUACGGUCAAAUGUUGUAAGAAUACAAAACGAGUAGUUGCCGCACGCCAGCUAACAUUAGUGUAGGUCCAGCCAAAUUCUCAAUCUCUUGUCAGUUCUCUCCAAUAUGUUCAUAUUACUAACAGAGUUCAAUUGACCAUUGUUUUUAUAUACUAUUGUGGGCAAGAAGGGGAAGAAAAUCAAAAUAUAAUCGUAAGACAGGUAACGAGAUCAAGGUUUUGAGAGCAUGACGAACAAGCAAACAUUGGUCUUAAAAUUGCGAAGGCAUCAGGGUCGGCCGUGGGGUUUCCGCAUCGCUGGUGGUACAGAUUUGGGAACUCCGAUCAUCGUCACUCAUUCUGAAAACGAGGAGUUGCAGAAGGGUGACGUGAUCAAGAAAAUUGAUGAAUACGACUCGCGUGAUGUGAGGCAUGUGGACGCUCAAAAUUUACUACAAAAUUCACAGUCUGUAACACUAGUCGUUGAAAGACCAAAAUCAUCGCAACCAAAAUUUCUGCCAAAGAGUCCAGUUCCACCGUUAAUUUCGUCCAAAGAGUACAAAGCUUUCUCUCCCGAUCAUUUCGAUCCACCCCGUGAGCAUCUGGAAGAAGUGCGUGAGGAGCGAUUCUAUUUGUCGCAGCCCUAUCGCACAACUCCUUUAGUCUUGCCAGGUGCUAAAGUCAAGAAAGAUGCUCCACUGGGUGAAUGUUAUCUUCGUCAUCAUCCGAAUCCAAUGAUAAGAGCUGCUCCUCAUCAUUAUGAAGUGGCCAACCCUGAAGUUGCAAUGAAGCAAAAACAGGUGGCGGAAUCAGUUCUACAGCGUGUGUUGGGUCCGAAUGAAGUUCCGAAGGUUGUCCAUAAGCAAUUCAAUUCACCGAUUGGACUGUAUUCUGAACAAAAUAUCGCAGACACUAUUAAGUGUCAGACCACAGCGAUUCCUUCAAAGAAGCCUGUGAAGUAUGAUCCAAGUAAAAGUGAAGCAUACAAAGCCCUUCAAGAGGAGGAAUACGGUGAUGAAGUGCAGGAAGUCAGUCAGCCAGCGCGCACUGGACUUUUUGCUCCCCAACGGGCUCACCACAAUAGGGUUCAUCAUCCCCCCGCAAAGAGUCCAGCUUCAUCUUAUGGUGGAAUAUAUCGUCCUUUUCCUCUUCCUUUUAUAAAGGAUCGUGUCAAUGGAUUUUAAGUUUUCUCAUCAAUAUAUUGCAAGUGGAUAUGAUGAUGACGGAGAAAAAAUUCAUCAGAGCAAUAGUUUCAAGAGAAUUAUGUACAGUGUUCUCGGUCAAACAGAUUAUUAAAAUAUUGAAAAAUGUCGUAUCAUUUGAUAUCUGUAUUUUGCAACCAUUGCACUUAUCUCAGUUACAUAUUCGCGCUGACAGUAAUUUGGAAAUUUCUUCAUAUUCACAAAAAAUUGUAUUGGUAAAAUAAAGAAAUAUUAUUUUUGAUGA